AUGUACAAAAAACUCACUGUAAAUAAUUCUCUUUCUUUUUUUCUUUUCUUUUCUCUUUCUUUCUUUUCUUUCUUUCUUUCUUUUUCUCUCUCUUUCUUUUUCUCUCUCUUUCUUUUUCUCUCUCUUUCUUUUUCUCUCUCUUUCUUUUUCUCUCUCUUUCUUUUUCUCUCUCUUUCUUUUUCUCUCUCUUUCUUUUUCUCUCUCUUUCUUUUUCUCCUUUUUUGUACUAAAUUACACGAGUACAAAGCAGGAACUGCAUCAGAAAGAACUUAUUUUGUGGAACUGUGGGAGGUUGGUGGAACAAACAUUCAUGCCAACAGCAGAUACAUCUUCUAUAAUACAGUCCACGGUAUAAUUCUAGUCCAUGAUCUGACCAACAAAAAAUCCCACCAAAAUCUGAGGAAAUGGUUAUGUGAGGCUCUGAAUAAAGGAUGUUCCAAAGACACUCCCGAGAAUGAUUUCAGUUCUGAAAUGUUUGCUGGCUGGCAGAUUCCUAUCUUGGUGAUUGGAACAAAAGUAGAUUUGGCCAAAAGUUUACGAGACAACAUCUUGUGUCGAAAGUCUACUGUUGCUGAAGAAUGUGGUGCUGCAGAAAUGAAUAUAGAUUGUAAACAAAAAAAGUAUCUUGCUCCAGGUUCAACAAAUGCUGUGAUAAUGUCUAAGUUCUUUGAUAAGGUCAUUGAACGUCGAUUUUAUAGUAAAGAUUACAGUGGACAGAUCCAUCUUACCUCCAUAUUUGACACUGAGAGAGAACUUCCAGAAAUGUCCAGGGUUCAACCUUUUCCAGUGCAAAUGUGA